CACACACACACACACACAUACAAACACAAACACACACACACUCAUUCCACACACACAGAGAAAAUACUCAUGGACAGAUGGACCGCUCACACUCUCAAAGACUGUGAGGAGUGAUGCAAGGCUCAGACUCUGGAGCACACUGGCACACUACAGCUGUGUGCGGAGAACAUAGCCCAAGGACGGCACACUGGCACACUACAGCAGUAGGGCACGGCAGCUGUGUGCGGAGAUCAUAGGCGAAGGAGGGCACACAGAUGAAUGAGAAACAUGAGUGCAACUGGGACCAUGGAAGGCGCUCACCUAUCGGAUUGAAAGUUAGCAUUCGUGAUCUGCGUAGUAGGGAUGGAAUUUUUGCUGAGCCAUCAUCAUCUUUGAGACUGAGAAAGCAGGUGAGUCAAUCUGCUGAACAGGUCAUUACAGAAAUCGUCACAGGGACCACCACCAGCAGAUCUUGGAGACUGCUAAUUUCAAAGUAAUUUGUUUGGAACCACAAACAGAGACAAAUUGCCUGCACAGAUUAUGAAUCAGAAGAAGCAACCAUCCCGAAGACUUCUUUUGCUGUGAUUUUAUUAUUAUUGUGUUAGAUGCUGAAAGGGGACCUGACCGAGAAAGACAUAGAUUGAUUGACAUAUAUUGAUUGAUUGAUUGACAGUGAUUUGGCAGAUUCUGACUUGAAAAGCCUCUGCAAUGCACAGACCCAAAAGUUUAGAAGAGGAUUAAAGACUGAUAAUUCAUUUCUAUAUAUAUCAGCAGCGGAUAAGUUAACUGGACCAUUUCUUUAAGAACAUGCUCCCAUAAAAUAGUUUCAACUUAAAAGCUCCCAGCAGAAAUGUACAAAAUCUAAGCAGUAAAAUUAAAUGCAUUUAAAAAAAAGAAAAAAAUGAAGCAUUCUGAUUUUCUUGAACCCGACCAAUCCUGGGCGAGCUUUAUCCGCCCCGCCCCUCGCCUACGCCUCAACACCCUGGACUUCUCUGACUUGUGGGACGAUGAGGACCUCGAGCUGGAUGUCCAAGAGGACGAUACCGUCUUCACGUCCUCGGGCUCGGACUGCGCCCCUCCGACACCCCCCUUGCCUCCCCCGCUGCCCCCCUCCGCCCCUCCUCUCCCCCCGCUCUCCCCCUCAGCGGGACCGGCAGGUGGGGGCAGCGGCGGGCGUACCCUGAAGCUACACUGGAGGGAGCUGCAGAGCCUGCCACCCGUGCCCAGGGUGUGCCGCUUUGGCAGCCAGACUAUCUGGGCGGGACUUGAGCCGGUGCGCCUGGACACCAACCGGCUGGAGUACCUGUUUGAGAGCAAGAGCAGUGCGGCUGUUGGCACCCUCCGCAGCCUGGUGAUGGGCCGGCAGGUGAGGAUAGGGUUGGGCACGGGUGGGCAUCAGUGUGAUGUGAUGUGAUGUAAACUUGGCACCACGAUCAAAGCAGGGGGUGAUGGUGU